UUAUUUAUAUUUAUUUAUUGACUCGUUAAUAGGUUCGUAGGCGUCUAUUUACUCCUCCAUGUCUAUCUGAAACUUUCCUCUCUCCUCCUCCUCUCUGGUCUUGUGUAUGUUAUUUGGUUGCUAGGGGGUGGAGCAAACUAAACCUCUGUGUCUCUUCAGCCCUCCUCUCUCUUACAUUAUUUUCAUCCAUGCUUACGUCUGUGGGACCAGCAGUUCCGCAUUCCUGAGCCCUCACACAGACAAGAGAGCAGUACUUAAACGGGGCUGAUGCAACGGCCUCAGUUAGUCCCAAAACCUGCAUCCGACUCUUGCUCCUCCAGCACCGUCACAGACCCAUUAUUACUGCGGACCUUUGGACGCACAACAGCGUCCAAACACAGUUGCAUCAUUGACAGAAGACGACUGACAAGUUUUCUCUGACGGCGGUGGUGGCCGGGUCGGACAUGAUGCCGGGACAGAUACCUGACCCUUCGCUGGCGGCGGGCUCCCUGCCCUGCCUGGGCCAGCUGGCGGGCAUCUCGGCCACCACGCUCACUGAUCAACUCAAACUGGCCGACUUCCGCCAGCUGGGCACCAUGCUGUCCCCGCUGCAUUUCCUGGGGCGGCUGGGGAAGAGGCCGCUGGCCAUCAAGACGGAGAUGGAUGAAGAUGACGAUAGGAGGAAACGGAGACGAGAGAAAAACAAGGUAGCAGCAGCACGAUGCCGAAACAAAAAGAAGGAACGGACUGACUUCCUUCAAAGGGAAUCGGAGCGUCUGGAGAUGGUGAACUCCGACCUGAAGGCCCAGAUCGAGGAGCUCCGUAUGGAGAGGCAGCAGCUAAUGGUGAUGCUCAACCUCCACCGGCCCACCUGCAUCGUGAGGACCGACAGCGUCAAAACACCCGAGAGCGAGGCCAACCCCCUGCUGGAGCAGCUGUCCGCCGACGCCAAGUGAAAACCAGGAAAACCGGGGACGCUGAGUCCCCCCAACGCGCAAACUGGCACCACCGUGGCAGCCAUUUAAAUGAAAACUGAACUGGCAAUACAUUUCUAAACAAGCACUUGAGCUCCAAGCUGAAGACUUUUGGAGACUCUGCCCAAAGACCUGAGGUUGUAGGGCUUCCUUAGUACUGCUACAUGAGCUGGCUCUGUCCAUUGGAAGACUGGAAAUACCCAGUUUCAUCUCCGCAUUAAGUGUUGUUGUUGACACCCGCUGUGCCUAGUUGUUACUUCAACCAUCUCUACAUAAAGGGACCAAUGGAAACAGUAGAGUACGACUGGAAACAACGCUGAGGAAACACACUAAUAUCAAUAUGGUGCUCUGUUACAAAAGCCCUGAGUAGGUUGUGUGGCAUUGAUUCAAUGCAGAGGCCCACAAAGGCUUAGUGUUCUGCAGCUUUCCUUUGUAUGCUAGCCGAAAUAUACAGGUGUAGAGUUUUUAGAAUACAAUACUCAAUACAAAGUACACCAGACGGAGUAGAGAUUUUUUUGUUUUUGUAAUGUUGAUUUCUAUACCCUGCCUCGACGAUGGCAGUUACCGGUUGAUCCGAUUUGUGGUGACGCUGGCGUCAUGAAAAGCACAUAUACACAAAAUGUUUACACCCUUGUUUUUUGGACUGUCCAUUAUUGUACUUGUUUUAUACUGCUUUGUAUACAUAAACAUAUAUGAAAAUGCUUGUUGAAUCACUUGACGUGAUUUUGUCUUUUCAAUCUUUCCAGUCUGUGUCUUCUUGUCAUGUUGCGCUGUCAAACAGCUGUGAAAACAAGCAGAAAUCUUUUCAGCUGAGCAGUAUUUCAAUGUCUGUUCUGGACCUGUAUCUGCUAUGUAUGACUCUGUUACCCUGAAUAGAUUAAAUUUUAUUUUCUAACUACAA